CAGAACGAGCUUCCUGGAACCCAUGACCCAUGAAGUCUUGUCAACAUUCAUACCUUCUAAGGGUAGCUGCAAUGAAUUAGAAGAAGCAGAGUGUUUCAGGGGACUGCAGUAUCUCUUUGAGUGACCCACAGUGGCUUAUGGGACGUUGGCUUCAAACCACCUGUGAUACACCAUACUGCGUGGGAUGGCAAUUCAGAGAGGAAGGAGGCCUGAGGUCACACUUGCCUGCCUCAUCUUAGCCACAGCAGGCUGCUUUGCAGACUUGAAUGAGGUCCCUCAGGUCACUGUCCAGCCUGCUUCCACUGUCCAGAAGCUUGGAGGGACUGUGAUCCUGGGCUGUGCGGUGGCACCUCCGUGGAUGAACAUCACCUGGCGCCUGAAUGGGAAGGAGCUGAAUGGCUCAGACGAUGCUCUGGGCCUCCUCAUCACCCGUGGGACCCUCAUCAUCACUGCCCUCAACAACCACACCGUGGGACGGUACCAGUGUGUGGCCCGGAUGCCUGCAGGGGCCGUGGCAAGCGUGCCGGCCACUGUGACACUAGCCAACCUCCAGGACUUCAAGUUGGAUGUGCAGCAUGUGAUUGAAGUGGAUGAGGGGAACACGGCAGUCAUUGCCUGCCACCUGCCAGAGAGCCACCCAAAGGCCCAGGUCCGAUACAGCGUCAAACAGGAGUGGCUGGAGGCCUCUCGAGAUAACUACCUGAUCAUGCCGUCAGGGAAUCUCCAGAUUGUAAAUGCCAGCCAGGAGGAUGAGGGCAUGUACAAGUGCGCGGCCUACAACCCAGUGACCCAGGAAGUGAAAACCUCUGGCUCCAGUGACAGGCUGCGUGUGCGCCGCUCCACUGCAGAAGCUGCUCGAAUCAUCUAUCCCCCAGAGGCGCAGACCAUCAUUGUCACCAAGGGGCAGAGUCUUAUCCUGGAGUGUGUGGCCAGUGGGAUCCCGCCCCCACGGGUCACCUGGGCCAAGGAUGGGUCCAGUGUUGCCGGCUAUAACAAAACACGCUUCCUGCUGAGUAACCUCCUCAUCGACACCACCAGUGAGGAGGACUCGGGAACCUACCGCUGCAUGGCCAACAAUGGGGUAGGGGAGCCUGGGGCAGCAGUCAUCCUCUACAAUGUCCAGGUAUUUGAACCUCCCGAGGUCACCAUGGAGUUGUCCCAUCUGGUCAUCCCGUGGGGCCAGAGUGCCAAGCUCACCUGUGAGGUGCGCGGGAACCCCCCACCCUCUGUGCUGUGGCUGAGGAAUGCCGUGCCCCUCACCUCCAGCCAGCGCUUCCGCCUAUCCCGCAGGGCCCUGCGUGUGGUCAGUGUGGGGCCCGAGGACGAAGGCGUCUACCAAUGCAUGGCUGAGAAUGAAGUUGGGAGCGCCCACGCUGUGGUCCAGCUGAAGACCGCCAGGCCCGGCACAACCCUGAGGCCAUGGGGAGAUGCUAAGCUGGACAUGGCCACACCUUCUGCACCACCUUCCAGACCUGGUAGCCCUGACCAGAUGCUGAGGGGCCACACAGGACUCCCACAGCCCCCAACAUCAGUACAGCCUGCUUCCCCAUCGUGUCCAGGAGAGAAGGGUCAGGCGGCCCCAGCCGAGGCCCCCAUCAUCCUCAGCUCACCCCGGACAUCCAAGACUGACUCAUAUGAGCUGGUGUGGCGGCCUCGGCAUGAGGGUGGUGGCCGAGAGCCCAUCCUCUACUAUGUGGUGAAACACCGCAAGGUCACAAAUACCUCUGAUGAUUGGACCAUCUCUGGCAUUCCAGCCAGCCAGCACCGCCUGACUCUCAGCAGACUUGACCCCGGGAGUUUGUAUGAAGUAGAGAUGGCUGCUUACAACUGUGCGGGCGAGGGCCAGACGGCCAUGGUCACCUUCCGAACUGGACGGCGACCCAAACCCGAGAUUGUGGCCAGCAAGGAGCAACAGAUCCAGAGAGAUGAUCCUGGAGCCAGCCCCCAGAGUAGCAGCCAGCCGGACCACGGCCGCCUUUCCCCCCCAGAAGCCCCAGACAGGCCCACCAUCUCCAUGGCCACUGAGACAUCAGUGUAUGUGACCUGGAUUCCCCGUGGGAAUGGUGGGUUCCCGAUCCAAUCCUUCCGUGUGGAGUACAAGAAGCUGAAGAAAGUAGGAGACUGGAUUCUGGCCACCAGUGCUAUCCCACCCUCCCGCCUUUCUGUGGAGAUCACAGGCCUAGAGAAAGGUAUCUCCUACAAGUUCCGAGUCCGAGCCCUGAACAUGCUUGGGGAGAGCGAGCCCAGUGCUCCCUCCCGGCCAUAUGUGGUGCUGGGCUACAGUGGCCGUGUGUAUGAGAGGCCCGUGGCAGGCCCAUACAUCACUUUCACAGAUGCAGUCAAUGAGACCACCAUCAUGCUCAAGUGGAUGUAUAUUCCAGCAAGUAACAACAACACCCCGAUCCAUGGCUUUUAUAUCUAUUAUCGACCCACAGACAGUGACAAUGAUAGCGACUACAAGAAGGAUAUGGUGGAAGGGGAUAGGUACUGGCACUCCAUCAGCCACCUGCAGCCAGAGACCUCCUAUGACAUUAAGAUGCAGUGCUUCAAUGAAGGCGGAGAGAGUGAAUUCAGCAACGUUAUGAUCUGUGAAACCAAAGCUCGCAAGUCUUCUGGUCAGCCUGGUCGUCUUCCACUCCCAACACUUGCUCCACCACAGCCGCCACCCCCUGAGACCCUAGAGCGGCCCAUGGGUGCUGGGGCCAUGGUAGCACGCUCCAGUGACCUGCCCUAUCUGAUCGUCGGCGUUGUCCUGGGAUCCAUUGUCCUCAUCAUCGUUGCCUUCAUCCCCUUCUGUUUGUGGAGGGCCUGGUCUAAGCAAAAACAUACUACAGACCUGGCUUUUCCUCGAAGUGCCCUUCUGUCUUCCUCCUGCCAAUAUACCAUGGUGCCACUGGGAGGACUCCCAGGCCCCCAAGACAAUGGGCAGCCCUACCUCAGUAGCAUCAAUGGACGGGCCUGUGCCAAUGGGGUGCAUGUGAAUAGGGGCUGCCUCGCAGCUGCAAUGGGCUACCCAGGCCUGAAACCUCAGCAACACUGCCCAGGGGAGCUUCAGCAGCAGAGUGAUACCAACAGCCUGCUGAGGCAGACCAUUCUUGGCAAUGGAUAUGACCCCCAGAGCCACCAGAUUACCAGGGCUCCCAAGCCUAGCAUGGAUGAGGGCUCAUUCCUAUACACACUGCCUGAUGACUCAACUCACCAGCUGCUCCAGCCCCACCAGGAUUGCUGCCACCUCCAGGAACAGCCUGCUGCCACCGUGGGCCAGUCAGGAAUGAGGAGUGCCACUAAGAGUCCUAGAAGGGAGGCAGUGUGGGACUCUCCAUUUCACUCAGGUCCACCGUGCUGCUUGGGCCUCAUACCAGUUGAAGAGGUAGACAGUACUGACUCCUGUCAAGUGGGUGGAGGAGACUGGUGUCCCCAGCACCCCACAGGCUAUGUAGGACAGGAACCUGGGAUGCAGCUGUCAUCUGGCCCACCAGUGCAUGUAUCUUUUGAACCACCCCCCACAAUUUAAACAGAGGCCAGUUUCCCACAAAGACUAUAUAUUGUUUUGUUUUUUAAAAGAGACAGAGAAAAUUGCUAUUUAUUUUUCUAUAAUAGCCAUAUUUAUAUAUUUAUGCACUUGUAAAUAAAUGUAUAUGUGUCUUUAUAAUUCUGGAGAGACAUGGGGGAAUCCUACCCAUUGAGGUAUGAGAGGGAAAACAAAGAAGCCUCCAUGUAACAGGUCAACCAGGAAAGCUUGAGGCAGACUUGGCCAGAACACAGACCCAGGAAAGCAAGUCUUCACUUACAACCUCUACAACUACCUGGGAGGUGCUGGAGGCCACUAGGUCACCUAAUGAAAGGAAGACUUCUAGGUAUAUUAUUCAUGUUGACCAUAAGGGAAAAGCAAGGUGCACUAUAACAGACAGGAGGCACACAGAUGCUGGCUGGCUUUGGUACUUCAGGAGACAUUUACAUAAGAAGCCCAUGAGGACAGACUGAGAUGUGUAUAGUACUAUAAACAUUAACAAACCUCCCAGAAUCAAUAAUCUGUGGCAACAUAUCUCUGUAACAAACACUGUAACUUCUAAAUAAAUGUUUAGUCUUCCCUGUAACCUUCAA